AUGGUUAUAAACGUCUGUCUUUUUAUUUCCAUAAUAAAUAGUGUGACCUUUCUGUUCAUUUCCCUCUGCUUCAGAGCGACUAAGAUCAUGGUUCAGCUGUCACCAUCUCGGACUAUAGAGACGUUGACUCCGUCAGAGUUGACCGUGGAGAAGGAUGAUGGCCAGGGCAGCCCUAAAUCCGAGUCCCCUCGAGUGCUUACCGCCCUCCAGUUCACCCUUAGCCCCACCACGACCACCAACUACGACUAUGAGAAAUACAUUGAGGACGGCCUCAUCUGCCUCAAGCACAAGAUCCGUAACAUUGAGAAAAAGAAGCUGAAACUGGAAAGCUACAGUGAGAGGCUGAAGAAGGGGGAAAAACUUAAUCAGGACCAACUGGAAGCUGUGGGGAAGUACGAGGAGGUGAUCCAAUUUGGGUACAAAGACAAAAAAAGAUUUUUAUAUGAUGGUCAUUUUUCAACAGAUAAGCACAUGAAGGAGAAGCUACUUCGGCUAGUGGAUUGUGGCUUUUUUGAUCACGUACCACUUCCUAAAGUUGACAGUCAAGAGAAGACUGAGACCCUAAAGGCGGACCCUCCAAGGCCUUGUGGCCUCUCCACGCUGGUGAAGCUGAGCUCAAAAGAAGUGCCUUCCAAAGAGUUUCUUAACAGACGAUACCUACCUGUAACAGACGUCACUGAGCGCAGACAGGAUGAGAAGGCAUCGCCCCGUAGUUGGAAGGAAGAAUUUUUGGCGAUGAAGGAAAGGGAGCCCCCAGACUCAUGGGAAAUGGAGUUUUCUGAUCCUCCUGCAUCCUCUCAGUCCCCCAUACAGAAGCCAUGGAAAGGGGCAGCGGGAUUGAUUCCUAAGACUGCAGACAUCGUAAAGAGACCCACCGUUGACCCCAAGGAGAAACGUCAAAGAAAGAGCAAGGAGGAGCAGGACUCUAAACCGAUGCCUGUCGCAGUGGAAGUCUUCAGCUCUCCAUUACCGAAAGACCCUGCUCAGCGCAAACAGCAGCUGGAGUCUCUGAUGGACCAGAUCUCAGGAUCCUUCAGCUUCAUGCAGGAGUCUCUUCUGGAUGGAGAAACUUCCCCUGUAAACAGUCAAACAAAGAGACGCCGUCCUUCUCCAGGCUCCUCUACUCCUCUUGCACAGAGGGAAUUAACAAAAAGCCCAUCAGAUAAUCUGCCUCAAUCCCAGCGGAGCACUCCACUACAAAUCCUGCUGUCUGGAGAGGCUAAAGGUUGUCUGUUAAAUGGAGACCGCUCUAUAAACGGCUCUGACCUUGAUCUACAUCAUGAAGAGAAGCCACAUAAGCACGGUGAGGGCUUCACCUCUCCUCCACUGUACCGCAGGGGAUCCUCCAUCUCAGUCCCAUUAGAAAACCAGAGCACUGUACAGGCAGGAAAGCAGACGUUAUGCAAUGGAGUAUCAACCACUGUAUCUGCCCCGACAUUUUCCACUCCACCCAGUCACAGAUCUAUCAGUGCAGAAAACACCUUCCACAACAUUCACUCAGUGUUUAAUGUGGCAUCUUUGCCCAUCAGUGAGAGCUCAGGGAUAAAGUCAGAUGAGAGUGGAUUCUCAGAGUCCAUGCAUCUGAGUUACACAUCGGCCAAAACCCUGAGUUACUCCACCGCCAGCACCCAGACACCACCUGAACUCAACCUACCUGAAGAUGACCUACAGAUUGAAGGCCAGUACCAGCUGGAGUGUCCUGUCAGUGCAGGUGGUCACGUGUUCUCUGGCUUUCAACCACAGUCUCGUCUGGGUCGGUUCUGCUACCCCCGCGGUACAACGAGAGGUAUGACGCGUGCAGGCAGGGGUUUGGGUCACUCAUACAGAUCACCUGGUGGCUACAGAGGUGGUUAUGAUGCCUACAGAGUAAAUGUGCGUUCUCCAGGAGGGGGCUUUAUAUCCCAGACCCAUACCACACACAGAGACCCUGCAUCUGCCCUUUAUGUGUCCAGCGAGAACGGGUAUCAGCAGAGCUUCAAACGAGGUGGAGGCACAGCAACUCAAAGGAGCAGUGCCGGUUGGAGUGACUCCUCUCAGGUGAGCAGCCCGGACCGGGAGGGUGCGUUUCUGCUCGACUCAGGAAUCAGUGACACACUCUCCAUCCCGCCAAUGGAAGUGCCCAUCACGCCCCAGGGCCCGCACACUCUGAUGCCAGUACACGUGUACCCACUCACCCGACUCCGCGUGGCCUUCUCUGCCGCCCGCACGGCAAACUUCGCCCCUGGCACAAUGGACCAACCAAUCGCUUUUGACCUGCUGCACACCAACCUCGGUGACAUGUUCGACACGACCACCGGACGCUUCACCUGUCCCGCUGCCGGUGCUUACGUCUUCAUCUUCCACAUCCUGAAGCUGGCCAUCAGCGUACCCCUGUACAUCAACCUCAUGCGCAAUGAAGAGGUGAUGGUGUCCGGGUACGCCAACGACGGUGCUCCGGACCAUGAGACUGCCAGCAAUCACGCUGUCCUCCAGCUGUUCCAGGGCGACCAAGUGUGGCUGCGACUGCACCGUGGCGCCAUCUAUGGCAGCAGCUGGAAGUACAGCACCUUCUCUGGUUUCCUGCUGUACCAGGACUGAACAUCUAUCUCGAAAUGGGCACAAAAAGGGAGAAAGGGGCAUUUUGGAUGUUUUUUUGAAAGUUACUCUGCACUUUAUUGCGCUUUCGGUUACGCAUGGUGCAAUUGCAUGUUUGAAAGAUCAUGCUCGAUAGUACAUAGUCAGUGUUAAAGCUAAUGUAAGAUGUUUGCUGGUGAAAGUUUACAAGGGUUUUCCUGUUGUUUUUUUUAAAUUUAUUAUUGCUAUUUAUUAUUAUUACUAUUCAGUAAAUUUAAAAUAUUUUCUUUAUCUUUUCAGAUUUGAGAGUAUUUACCGUGUAUUUGGAUGCACAUACUUGUAACCCAAAGUAGCUGCAUUUGUUUGCACUAAAUUGAAAUCCUUACAUUCAGAAGCAUCUUCUGGUGUUCGUUUAAUGGCCUUGUAUGCUCAUCUGCUCAUUUUAGAUGAGAUGGAGAGAUUUUCCAGUGACAUAAAAGCUUGCAAAAUGGUGCCUUUUCUGUUUUUUUUGGGGGGGGGCGGGCAGGCGGGCCCCUGAACAACACAUGCAUCGCUUUGCAAGAAUGGAGGAUUAUUUUUUUUCUGGUAAUACUUCACAUGUUGAGCACUUUAAAAAGGGAAUUAGUGGCCUUGUUGGGGUUUUGGGGUGUAUGCGUGUUAAUCUGUGCGUUUGUCUGUGGAAAAAUACUGUGAGUGAUCACUUGAACACUGGUUCUGCCGAGAAGGCGUUUAGGCCAAAAUUGCUCCCUCUUGUGCCUGAAAUAAAAAUGUGCAGUU